AGUCUAAGCAUUGAUCAAUAAGCUUCAUGUUCGUAUUAUGGGUGAAACCAAUGUGACUCAAAACAACCAGAUAGCCGUAGAGGAGCAGGCGAAUAAGAUUUUGACAAAAAUAAAGAGGCAAGAAGCAGAAGAUACAGGGGAAGAACCGAGUGGAAGGAUACGUGUCGGCGUGAGCGAAGUUGGUGGUUGUUGCCUUGUUGGUUGGCUCUCCCCACGUCACUUUCCCUAAUAGACAUCAAAACCAUCGAAUGCCGCCCCGUCCGCGGAGCGUUUAUCGCCCAUUUAGAAGGGUCACAACUCACAAGGACUACCUUCCUCUUCCUGUCUCUGCGUCACAGAAACACCUGCUCUUUGGGACCACCAUGGCUCAACAUGCUCAUAUACCAAAGUUUGGAAAUUGGGAUAGCGAAAACAUUCCAUAUACUGCACAUUUUGAGACGGCACUCAAAGACAAAGAUGCUGGAUCCAAGAUUUUUAACCCAAAUGAUCCUGAAGAAAAUCCACAAGCUUACAAUCCUAGGACAUAUGCUCAAGAUCAUCAACGUAGUGACAAACACCGCAAUGAUACACCUACCGAUUAUCGUGCGGUGAAACAACAUCGUAAGAAGCAUCACAGCAUGGAAGAUGGUGAAUUUCAGGGAUCCAUGAAAGCUCCGCUGCACCAUAGACCUACUUUUCAGGGAGUUAAUAUGGGUAGACAGAGAAGCAGGAACCUCAGAAGCAGUGUUUCAGUGUCUAGCAGUGAUAAGAUCAGCUCUAAUAACUCACCUGCACAACCUCGACAACAUCGCAUUUCAACUAAGGACUUGGCUGAAGGUAGUCAUGGCUUUUCAUCAUCACUGCAUUAUGCUGUAGCUAAAACGGGAAACUCUAGAGAAGGCAUGGCUCAACAACAUAGAGCCACAUUGGUGCCGAGAUUUGGUUUUUGGGAUGAGAAAGAUCCCAAAUCAGCUGAGGGUUUUACAGUCAUAUUUAACAGAGUUAAAGAAGAGAAGCACAUGGCUUCAACUAGAUUGCCAACACUUCCAGCUAAGCCAAUAGCGUGUCCAGUAGGGCAGAAUGACUACUGUCAUGCUUCUUCAAAAUCAAGGAUGUGGUGCUGCCUAUGGAAUCCUGCUGCAGAAUGAUCAUGUCACG